AGCUGGUACCACAAGCAGACUGACAUCUUUGAGGUCAGGGCCAAACAGCCUCCCCCAAGACAAAAAUAGCAGUCAGAUGACUGCAAGAGCCAGCUCACCACUUUCUCCUCAAAGCUGGCUGCUCCCAGCACCAGAAGCAGCUAAAAAUAGGCAUAAAGGGCAUAAGUCUUGGGCACAGCCAGAGGGGACAGCACACUACCUUAGCCCAAGGCAUAAUGAGAUCUCUUCGCUUCAUUGCUGCGGAAGCCCUCGUGUCCCACCCCUCACUGGCCAGGGACAGCCUGGACAGUGUGGCUUACAACCUCUACCCACUCCUAUUCAAGACCAGUUACCUGCUGGAGCAGGCAGAAGUGACCCGCGCUGUGUUGAGAUGUUGGCCCCUCGAGGAGUUCCGGCUGGCCAUGCUGCUGGAGCCCAGCACUGACCACCCAGCGGACUUGCGUGACCGGGCAUGCAGGACCUGCCUGGAGGCCUGCAUGCAAGGCCUCAGUGACCAUGUGCUGCAGAGUGGGAGCCACCGGCUUCGGCUGGCAGACCUUACAGGCAUCCGAGAUGUGCAGGAACAGCGGUGUCCCUGUGGGAGGGUGCUGGGAAGGUGGGGCCGUACCCAGUUGCUAGCCAGGACCUGCUGUGAGCUGCAAGCACAGACCUGUGUGGCUGGGCACCCUGUGGAGGUACUAGCGGACCUCUUUGUAACUAAUGGCAACUUCGAGGCAGUGGUGCAGGCUCUGCGACCAGCAGUUCCAGCUCCACUGCAGGUGCGCUGCCUCUCAUUCCGUGCAGACAGCCUGAGCCCCGGGCAGCUCCUGCUUGUGCUGGGCCUGGCUGAGCCAGCUGCACUGCGCAAGCUAGAGGUGGUGCACAAUGUGAGGUUGCACGCUGGCCACGUGUUGCAGCUGCUGGCUCAAGUGGGCUUCCCUCAGCUGGCUUCCCUCACCUUGCCCACCAAGGCCUUUGAUGUGCCACCUUCCUAUGCUCCAGCCCCUGAGGGCCAGGACUCCCUCCUUGCCUCCAUCGCCUGGGAGCUGAGCCGCAUGACCCAGCUUACCGAGCUCAAUGUGGCCUUCUCCUCUCUGACAGGGAAGAUUCGGACUCUGCUUGGCCCCCUGAGGACUCCACUGCGAGUGCUGGACCUGGCCAAUUGUCACUUGAACCAUGCAGACAUGGCCUUCUUGGCAGACUGUACCCACGCCACCCAUCUGGAGGUGCUGGACCUCAGUGGACACAGCCUGGUCCACUUGUAUCCUUCAACCUUCUUUAGGCUGUUGCGCCAAGCUGCACAGACACUGAGAGUACUGACACUGGAGGACUGCAGCAUCACAGAUAGUCACGUGGGCAUGAUGAUUCUGGGCUUGAGCCCUUGUACCCAGCUCCAGGAGUUCAAGUUCCUGGGGAACCCUCUGUCUGCUAGUGCCCUCAGACGCCUCUUUGCUGCACUCUGUGAGCUCCCCAAGCUGCAGCGUGUUGAGUUCCCAGUGCCAAAGGACUGCUACCCUGAGGGCAUAGUCUAUCCCCAGGAUGAGAUGACUGCAUCCAAGUUUGACCAGCAGAAGUACAAUGUGAUUGCUGAGGAGCUGCACUUACUGCUACUGCAGGCAGGCCGGGAGGAUAUCCAGGCUUCCACGCCACUCUUUGGAAGCUUUGACCCAGACAUUCAGGAAACAAGCAAUGAGCUUGGUGUUUUCUUGCUGCAAGCUUUCAAAAAUGCUUUAGAAAAUUUUUCUAAAGCACUAAGACAAAUUGAGUAAGCGCUCAUAUCAUGCCAAGCACGGGUCUUGCAUUUUAGCCCACAUAGUACCUGGGAUCCACCCCAGAAAGGAGGCUGGGCCAAGCAUUUGUCACCAGCAACAUCACUGUUAGUAAAAGCACUUGUUAGUAAAAAUUGUAGGUGUACCCAUUAGAUACUGUACAAGAGGAAAUCAUGCCUUCUAGAUGUGGCAUGAAGUGUCCCUGGGUAUCAUCACAGCAGGACCCUGGAGCCAAGGAUCUGAGAAAAGAGAGACCACAGUGCCACAGGAUAGAGGAGUGCUUGGCCAGGUGCUAGGGUAUGUGACAGUGGGGGCAGGAUUCACCUGCUACACAAUAAUGAGGGUGAAGAAAUGAGAGAACUUAUUGCAGAAUGUGUAUAAAAGAAUAAGCAGCCCAUAAGAGCCAGCUGAGAAAAACUAAACACGCAAAGUACAAAUGAAAAGUGAGCACAGAUCUUUGUGUCCAACAGGAGGCACUACACACAGAGUGUCAUGUUCGCAAGACAAGGCCUGGGGUGAGGUGGGUUGCCUUCCUCCCCUCACUGGCAUCCAAGCGAGUGACUGCUGAUUCUUGUCCCAUCUCUGCUCAACAGUCCUCUGAGUCCCAGCCCUGGGGGUACACCUGCUGGGGAGACUGCAAUCCAGCACUUGGCAACCUUUGAGGAGAGCUAAUUACCAUCAGAGAAAGAUGCAUUUGGACUUCGUUUCCAUCCCAACCUGCUUUGUCAAAAAACUGAGUAUUAGUAUGAUUAAAUGCUAAUAAAACAGAAGUGUGGUUUACUCA